AUGGUGCUCAACAAGAACACUGAAUCUCUGUCUGCUAGAGUCCAGCAAAUAUUUGCGAAAGAGCAGAAGUACACUUCUGGGGGAUUCAUUCCUCUAGAAGUCUUCUUUGUAUCAGGAAAGGGUUCGAUCUUGAUGGCUGGUAACAUCCUUUGUUGGGUUGACGUUGAUGGGCAUGAGAAAAUUGACUUUCUUUCCAUGUUCAGUGCUGCCAAUCUGGGUCAAGUCCAUCCAAAAGUGACCAAGGCUAUACAAGAUGCCUAUAGUAAUUCAACAAUUCUAAGCUUGGCUGCACGCCGAGAUGAUGUGUAA